UGGGAUUGGAGCUCCUGUGGAUGUGGGGUGGGGAGGAGGCUCUUGUAAAGACUGGGAUAUUGUUCGAGCUGCAGCACACACUCGCAGCUCACUCCGCACUGGGUUAUUUCAAGUUGGAGUGAAAGGGAAUGGAUGUGACGUGACUGAGCUUGGCUGGAUAUCAAGUUGUUCAUCAUUCAGUGGGACCUUUGUUGCGAUGAGGCUUCUUUGGAGACCUGACUCAGACUGAAGCUUUGGAAUCAGAGCGCAAAACAAUGGACGAAUCCAUUCUGCUGGACCUGCUGGAGUGUCCUGUGUGCUUAGAGCGGCUGGAUGCCACUGCCAAAGUGUUGCCAUGCCAGCACACCUUCUGCCGGCGGUGCCUGCAGGGCAUCUUAAACUCCAGGAGCGAACUGCGCUGCCCAGAGUGCCGAACCCUGGUGGACUGUGGCGUUGACGAACUCCCCACCAACAUCUUGCUGGUCCGGCUACUGGACGGUAUCAAACACCGGCCGAGGAGACCCGGCGGUGGUGUCAACGGCAACAACAACGUCAAUGGCACUGCCAGAGUCCAAAACAACGGAGCCAUUACUGUUCCCAACUCUGGCACCACGUUGCGGGAUCUUCAGAGCAUUCACCGAGUGCAGGCACGUAGCCCCCCAGUCAGGGGUAUACCUCAACUGCCAUGUGCUAAAGCAUUGUACAACUAUGAAGGAAAAGAGCCCGGUGAUCUCAAGUUCAAUAAGGGUGACGUCAUUAUCCUGCGAAGACAAGUAGAUGAAAACUGGUACCAUGGGGAAGUCAAUGGUGUCCAUGGCUUUUUCCCCACCAACUUUGUUCAGAUUAUUAAACCUUUACCUCAGCCUCCUCCACAGUGCAAAGCACUUUAUGACUUUGAAGUAAAAGACAAGGAAGCAGAUAAAGACUGCUUGCCGUUCUCAAAGGAUGAUAUCUUGACAGUGAUACGCCGAGUAGAUGAAAAUUGGGCUGAAGGAGUGUUGGGAGACAAGAUAGGAAUAUUCCCAAUUUCCUAUGUUGAGUUCAACUCAACAGCCAAACAUCUGAUACAGCUGGACAAGCCUUCAACUUCCAAUUCUGGAAGUGGCGAUUCAGGAGAAGGUAGCAGCAGUAACUCAGGGGCUGUACACAACAAUUCUGCCCAGAAACCCUUGGACAUCACAAAGAAGAACACCAAAAAACGGCACUCAUUCACCUCACUAACCAUGUCUAACAAAGCGUCUCAGUCAUCUCAAAACCGCCACUCCAUGGAGAUCAGCCCUCCUGUCCUGAUAAGCUCCAGUAACCCGACAGCUGCUGCUCGCAUCACUGAAUUGGGUGGACUCUCCUGCAGCGCUCCUUCUCAGGUCCACAUUAGUACUACCGGUUUAAUAGUGACACCACCUCCCAGCAGUCCUGUGAAUACAGUAGCUCCCUGUGCCUUCCCUCUGGAGGGUACCUACUCUGCUCCUGGGGAGAAUUACCCACCGCUGCCUCCACCACCUUCGAAUGCUGUCGUAACCACCUCGGCAUCUAGUGCUCCACGGCCAACAUUGGCACCAGCAGACCAGGUGGCACAUUCAAGGCCUCAAGCGCGGCCAAAUAUGUAUGUUGCUUUAUAUCCGUACACUCCCCGAAAAGAGGAUGAGCUUGAAUUGCGAAAGGGAGAGAUAUUUCUUGUGCUUGAACGCUGCCAAGAUGGAUGGUUCAAGGGAACAUCUAUGCAUACUGGCAAAAUUGGUGUUUUUCCUGGGAACUAUAUGGCUCCUGUAACAAGGGCUCCAGCUGCAGCAGGGCAGUCUAAGUUGCCUGUAGUGGUGACGGCACAAGUUGGCCGAGGAGUGACCACAGUGGUGCCCGUGCCAGCGGUGACACCCCAGCCCAAAGCUCCCAGUAACGGCCUGGAUUUGAGCAGACCAGUCAGCCCGACGCCGCCAGUCCCCACCGCAGUCAUAUCAGGGGCACACGUACAGGCUACCAACCCACAGGCCAAGGUUCUGAUGCACAUGACGGGUCAGAUGACAGUUAACCAAGCUCGUAAUGCUGUUCGGACGGCUGCUGUCCAGGGCCAGGAGAGACCGACUGCAGCAGUGACUCCAAUCCAGGCUCACAGCCCAGCUUCCCCCAGCCCUGCCACGACAGCGGCUCCACAGCAGGUCGUCACUCCUUUCACCGUUGUCGCUGCUCCCACAGCAACGAGGCCCACUGUCGCUCUGACCUCGGCAACUGCUGCUAUAACCCCUCCAAACAUCAGUGCCACCGCUCUGGAGGGGGAGUCGUUGGGCAUAGCCAUCCCAUCUGCAACAGCCUCAGCUGCUAAUAAAUUUGACAAGGAGAGCAGAGAGAAGAAGGAGAAGAAAGGUUUCCUGAAACUCCUGUCAGGUGCGUCUACCAAGCGCAAGUCUCGGCCAUCACCCCCAUCUUCGCCCACUUUAGAAUCCGAACAGGCGGCUUCAGAGACAUUGCUCCAGGGGGCUGUGGGUCCAGAAGUCCCUUCAAGUAUCAGCCACGGCAGAGCCGGAUCCUGCCCCGUGGACACAGAGGCCCAAGGAACAGCACUGGAAACACUCCAUCGAAAAACAGCUUCUUUAGAUUCUGGCGUUCCAAUCGCUCCUCCUCCCAGGCAACCGUGUUCAUCCAUGGCUUCAGUUCAACUGGAAUCCAAAUCCGUACCAUGUGAAAGGUACAGAGUUGUCGUAUCCUAUCCUCCGCAGAGCGAGGCUGAGCUGGAACUAAAAGAUGGUGACAUUGUAUUUGUGCACAAGAAACGAGAGGACGGCUGGUUCAAGGGUACCCUGCAGCGCAAUGGCAAAACUGGCCUGUUCCCUGGCAGUUUCGUCGAGAGCAUCUGAGGACCCUUUCAUAAAGCACGUGCACACGAUUCUCAACAGAGAGGUUUAUAAAGCACACACAACAAUCUCAAGCACCGGCUAUUGUGCAGAGUAGCCCUAACAACAGCUGAAAUGGAGGUUUAAGAUAGCAAAAGGCAACAGCUGUUUGGAUUUAUGUUUCUUCUUGUUUGUUGAGUUUCCAGAGGUACAGCAGCAGCUCAGUGAUGUUCACCGGUGACACGACUCCUCGCGUGUACAGUUUGUGUGAUUAUUUAUGAUUCACUCUGUGCCUUUCACUGUCAUUUGGUCUGUCAUCAGCUAAUCUUCAUCCUCCUCACUGAAUCACAAACACCUGAGCUACUCUCUGGCACCUAAAUGAGAUCAACUGUUUACAAAGAGGCUAUAAUUAAGAGAAAACUUUGUAACUUAUUGGAUUAGAGUUUUUUUUAAGUCCUUGAUUCUUCAUGUAAAGUAAAAGUUCUAUAAUGUCAAAUGUUGAAAAUUGUAUAAUUUAUAAGUGUUAUUAUAUGAGAGGGGAAGCUGGAUUGUCUCCUCAUAAUUCAGUUCGACAUGGUACCUCUUCGUACACAGCCCUUUUAACUCCAUUACUGAUUGCUGGUUUAGUGAACUUAUAGAAAAUUGUUAUCGAGGACUUGAGCACGGAGUUGUAAUUUUGUACGAUGGUUCUGCGUGUUGCAGCCAGUGUAGGUAUGUUAUGGUGUUGACCUGUACUGUCUAUUGCAGUGGUUUGGGAGCUCAGUUCGUAGUUUUGUGUGGAGGGGCCCCCGUGGAAGACAUGGCAUUAAGGCAACCUCGAGAAAGAAGCUGUGAAGUGGUAAUAUAAAACUGGAAAGCCGUUUGUGAAUGAGAGGAAGUCUCCACUCUGUAAUCAUCUGUUCUCAAUUCCUCUUACCAUUCAUUUUAUUGUGAUCAAGGCCUGAACUUGUAGCUUGCACAGAGGAAGUGAAUGAGAUAGCCAAGUAUGAUUCGCAAAGCACUGGCAGGGGGUCCUUGUGACAACCUGGUUAGUCCAUGUGACAAUUUAAAAAUUGAUUUUUGACUUGAGUGUAGAAGACCAAGAGUCUGCUCUCCCUUGUUCAUACAGUGGUUCAAACUGUGCAUGCAAGCCUUUCUUCCAAGUUAAAAAUCACACAACACUAGGUUUAUUUGGAAACACUAACUUUCGGAGGGCUGCUCCUUCAUCCGGUGGUGGUGGAAGUUAAGGUCAUGCUCACAGAAUUUAUAGCCAAAGGAGUCCAGUGUCAUGAAGAUGUGAUAUAGUAAACAAUCUGAGAUUAAAACUUUUAUCUUUUUAUAAUGAGA